UGUUUUCCAGUCAGAUUACUCCCCUCGGUGUGCGGAGAAGAGAGCGAGAUAACUGUUUGCACAGCAGCAGCCAGACUUUGAUAGAGUAACUAAGGACUUUGGACUUCUAAGACGCAUUUAUUUUUCAUCAAGCUGUAGUGCAGACUGAUAAAGAAAGCCUCGACACGGGAGUCUGAGGAAACGCAUUGACCAGUUGUGCAGUAAACGUCUCGCUAGCGGUCUGGAAGCGCGGCGAUCCUAUAUUUCAACCAACUCUGUUUGAAACAACUGGUUUUAUUUUGUUUGUGAACUUUAGCUCAGAUUAGUAUCAUUCUAUGUUAUUCUAGUUCGUUUAUUUUGCUCUUUUUAAGUACCAUUUUACACCUGGAGAAAUGUCCAGCCUGCUUCUCGUCAAACCCGAGAAAGGAAGACCGGAAGCGGCGUUACCUGGGCAACAGGCGCCGCACGAGCGUCCUCAGACCGUCUACGUCAUGUUAGACUCCUCAGCCGAAUCUGUCAAUCUCAUCAGUGUUGAACCCCUUCUUCCUGAGUCUGGGAUCGUGGAAGAUAUUGAGGUAGAAGGUGUUUUCUCCACCGAUUUGGACACUUUCUAUGAGCUAAAGAGUCAACCCAUCAUCCCAAGUGGCUCUGUGACCUCUGCUGACCCCGUGACCCCAGCCGGCUCCGUCAUGACAUCACGCGUGUUGAUGAGGCAGGAGCUGAUGCGACAGCAGGCUCAGGACCAGGAGAGACGGGAGGCCCAAAAACAGGCCUCCAGUGCUCAGCAGCGGCCCGCUGGGGUCACACCUGCUAUCUCUGUCACAUCCACCCUGCCGGCCACCCCGACCCAAGUGCCCGUAGAAGUGCUCAAGGUUCAAACGCACUUGGAAAACCCGACUAAGUACCACAUCCAGCAAGCUCAGAGACAGCAAGUGAAGCAAUACCUCUCUCACACCCUUAGCAGUAAAAUAGCCAAUCAGACUCUGGUGACAUCGCCCCCGCCCCAGCCUGCCUCCGCCCCUGAGUUGGCUCCUGCCGCCAGCAGCACUCCCAGCAGCCCUCUGGCGGUGCUCAGCCUGGGAACAAACAAAGAAGAGAUCGAAGACGUCAUCGAUGGAAUCAUCAGCCUGGAAUCGAGUUUAAACGAUGAAUUUAUGACACUGAUCGACUCGGGUUUGCAGCUUCCCAACACGCUGCCGAUCUCAGGAAACCUCCUGGAUGUGUACAGCAGUCAGGGCAUGGCGGCACCCACCAUCACCGUCAGCAGCUCCUGUCCUGCAGACCUGCAAAACGUCAAGAGAGAGUUGACUGAUGCCGAGGCAAAAGCUAUUAUGAAGGACAGACAGAAAAAAGACAAUCAUAACUUGAUUGAGAGGAGAAGAAGGUUCAACAUUAACGACCGCAUUAAGGAACUUGGAGCUCUCAUUCCAAAGUCCUCUGACCCCGAGAUGCGCUUGAACAAGGGCACCAUCCUAAAGGCGUCAGUCGAUUACAUCCGUAAGCUACAAAAGGAGCAGCAGAGAGCCAAAGAGAUGGAGACGAGACAGAGGAAACUUGAAAAUGCCAACCGCAGCCUGCUGCUGCGCAUUCAGGAACUGGAAAUGCAAGCUCGUCUCCAUGGCCUCUCCUCAUCUCAGAUCUCUGACUCCACGCUGACCCAGACACAGACUUUAACUCUAGAUCACAACCCCAACAACGACCUCUCCAAGACCCUUCUGUCCCUCAACCAGACCACGCCCUCUUCGUUCUUAUCUCCGCCUUCUUCCACCUCCUCAGUGGGUGGGACGGUCACCAGCCCUCUGGACCUCGGGACACUCAGCUUCGCCGAAUUGGAUGACCCCGCAGCCUCCGUGUUUAAUUCAGCCCUGAUGGCGGAUAUGGGGUUAGGGGAUAUUUUGAUGGAUGACAGCGGUGCUCUAUCGCCUGUAGGGGGCGCAGAUCCCCUGCUUUCCUCGGUUUCCCCGGGAGCGUCCAAAUCUAGCAGUCGUAGAAGUAGUUUCAGCAUGGAAGAAGACUUGUGACGUCUUUAAAUCGGACGAUAGUUUUCAUUUACGUUGCAAAUCCUGCUCGCGCGCUCCAUUGUCGGCCAGUAGAGGGCAGUGUAAUACUAAAGUCUUCAGUAAUCGCCGUACUGUAGAAAUCUGAGAUCCUCAAGACAUUUAUUUUAUUUUUUCUAGAGGUGACACAAAUAUAGAAAGACUUCAGGAGCAGACGCUGACAUUAAGAGCCUCAUUUGUUAUCAGGACCUCUGAUAAAUAUAUAGAAGAAUAUGUACAUAGAGAAGAUUUAGUGCUAAACAUCUAUUUUGUGUUUUUAAUAUGCAGUUGUAUGAAAAGUAGCACUAUAAUAUUAAUUCGUGGACACUCGCCACAUGAAUUUAUUAGAUGUAAAAAAAAAAUAAAAAAAUCAUGCCUGAAUAG